UCUCAAUGGCUCCUCCACUUACAGUUGCAAUUCCCCAGGUUUCUGAACAAGAAGCCCAAAUGGAUAAGCUAAAACUGUAUGACAUAAUGCUCGGCUCAGCUAAGCCCAUGGCUGUGAGAGCUGCUGUUUUGCUGAAUAUUCCGGACAUAAUUGCUGAGGCUUCAGGCUCUCUUACCGUAGAAGAAAUUGCUGCUCAUAUUUCAGAGUCCACCAAAGAAGAAAGCCCCCCUCCCAUAGAAUAUCUGUUUCGUCUUCUGAGAUUUCUAGCCUCCCAGGAAGUGUUUAUUGAGAUCCCACACCAGGAGGACUUCAGGCAAACUAGAUAUGGCCUCACAGGCGUUUCUGGAUUACUUGUUAAGGAAACAAGAAAAGGAGGUGUAUCCGUGCAAAACUAUGUUCCUUGGUUGUUGGCAUUCAACAAUCAUAGUAGCCUCCAGGGAUGGCUGCAUCUGCAUGAGUCUGUGUUAGAAGGCAGCAGCGCCUUCAGUAAGGCUUUUGGUAUGAGUUAUUGGGACUACGUUGCAAACAAUCCUGAAGCCAACAAGACAUUGAACGAGGCCAUGUCCUGUGACACUCGUGCUGUCAUGUCUAGUGUUGUCAAGAUUUAUGAGGAGGGAUUUAAGAAGAUUGAUUCUUUGGUCGAUGUUGGGGGAGGCUUAAUUAGAGUACAACAUGUGAGUGGCGAUAUGUUUGAGCAUAUUCCAUCAGCUGAUGCAAUCUUUAUCAAGUCAGUUUUGCAUGAUUGGAGUGAUGAUGAUUGUGUAAGAGUGUUGAGAAGGUGCUAUGAGGCUAUACCAGAAAAUGGAAAAGUUAUAAUCGUUGAUGCCCUUAUUGCUGAAGGAAAAAAAGAUGAAGAUAACAAAGAAAAUCUUCUAAGGGGAGUGGGACUGGCAUUUGAUAUGGAAAUGAUGCUAUUGAGUACUGGUGGAAAGGAGCGAACAGAGAUGCAAUUUAAACAAAUUCUUACCAAAGCGGGUUUCAAAAGCUACACCAUCUUCAAAUUACCAUCUUUUCAAAACAUUAUUGAGGUUUCCAAGUUCUGA